AUGGCUGCCGUGGCAUCUUCGUCCGCUGUCCUCAGGAGCUCGUUCCUUGGCCAGAAUGUGGUCGCUCCCCGCGUGGAGUCCGGCUCCCGCACGGUGAUGACCCUCGGCAAGAAGAAGGCCGCUACUGCCAAGAAGGCUGCUGCGCCUGCUUCCCCCAUUGAUGCCGAGCUGGCCAAGUGGUAUGGCCCCGACCGCAGGACCUACCUCCCCGAGGGUCUCCUCGACAAGUCUGACAUCCCGUCGUACCUGACUGGCGAGGUUCCCGGCGACUAUGGCUACGAUCCCCUGGGUCUGAGCAAGAAGCCCGCCGACUUCGAGAAGUACCGCGCCAACGAGGUGAUCCACGGUCGCUGGGCCAUGCUCGGUGCCGCCGGCUUCAUCCUGCCCGAGGCGUUCAACAAGUACGUGCCCGGCGUGUGCGGCCCCGAGGCUGUGUGGUUCAAGACCGGUGCUCUCCUUCUCGACGGUGACAGCAUCCAGUACCUGGGUGCCACCAUCCCCGUCAACCUGGCUAUCGCCACCAUCGCCGAGGUCGUCCUCGUCGGCGGUGCUGAGUUCUUCCGCGGCAAGAACGCCUCUCCCCUCGGCACCGACCUCGACACCCUGUACCCCGGCGGAUCCUUCGACCCCCUUGGCCUCGCCUCGGACCCCGACACCCUGGCCGUGCUCAAGGUGAAGGAGCUGAAGAAUGGCCGUCUCGCUAUGUUCUCGAUGCUCGGAUUCUUCAUCCAGGCCAAGGUCACCGGUGAGGGCCCAGUGGAGAACCUGACCACCCACUUGAGCGACCCCUUCGGCAACAACCUUCUGACCUCGCUCGGCUCUGCCGCGGACCGUGUGCCCACCUUGUAA